CAGCUAUCCAAUAAAGGCAGAUAGAUUGCUCGCCUCCUCUUUUGCCCUCCAAGGAGGAGGAACGGGAGGACAAAAUCUAUCUCGAGCCUGCCCCUUGCUUACAAUAGCUUAGAAUUAUUAUUAUUACUAUAUUUUCACUUUGACAACAAGAUGCCUGUGGCAAAAGGCGGCAAGGCUUCGUCGAAGCCGGAUCCCUUCGACUCAGACUCUGACGAUGGUCUCGUCUCCUCCAAACCGGCAAAAAAAUCGUCCGCCUAUUCGGUUCCCGGCGGCAACAAAAAGCAGUACCAGGACGGGUUCAAGAACUCCGGCGGGCUGGAGAACCAGUCGGUGGAGGAGCUCGAGCACUACGCGGCGUACAAGGCCGAGGAAACCACAGACACGCUCAACGGCUGCCUCCGGAUAGCCGAGAACAUCAGGGAGGAUGCCACCAGCACGAUGAUAACCCUGCAGAAGCAGGGCGAGCAGAUCAGCAGGACCCACGAAAAAGCCGUCGAGAUCGAUCAGGACCUCACCAAGGGUGAGGGGCUCCUGAACAGUCUUGGAGGGUUCUUUUCCAAGCCAUGGAAGCCCAAGAAAACAAAGAAGAUCAAGGGGCCAGUGUCGCGAGACGAUUCGUUCAAAAAGAAGGUGAACCGAAUGGAGCAGAGGGACAAGCUAGGGCUGAGCCCUCGAGGGAAGGGGAACACCCGCGAGUACGGCGAAGCCGGAACUGCGAUGGACAAAGUUCAGUUGGAGAAGAAAAAGCAGGACGAUGCCCUCGACGAUCUCAGCGGCGUGCUGGGGCAGCUCCAGGGCAUGGCUGUUGACAUGGGAUCCGAACUUGAUAGGCAAAACAAAGCACUGGAUGAUAUGCACGGCGACGUGGAAGAGCUCAACUCCAGGGUGAAGCAAGCCAACCAGCGCGCCCGCAAGAUUAUCGCCGAGUAGUCGAUCGUCAAACAUGGCUGCAAGCGUUAUUAUAAGUAGUCGACAAACAUGUCUGCAUAUGUUAUUAUAAGUAUCCACCAUUGUUUACAGAGAAAAGGAUAAUGAGAGAUUAUUGUUCAACAAACC